ACUAGUGCUGACCAGGCUCUAUGAAGCUGAGGCAGUCAUAUCAGCGUAAUGUGCUCAGCGAGUAUUUUCUAAUAUAUAGGAACAUAAAGUGACAGUAUUAGUGUUGAGUGGGACAAACGUGCAGUAGGGAGGACAGAAACAACAUGAGCACAAUGUUUGCCGACACCAUUCUCAUCGUUUUCAUCUCUGUGUGCACAGCGCUGUUAGCCGAAGGCAUUACCUGGGUGUUGGUGUAUCGCACUGAAAAGUACAAGAGGUUAAAGGCUGAGGUAGAAAAACAAAGCAAAAAACUUGAGAAGAAAAAGGAAACCAUCACAGAAUCUGCAGGACGUCAACAGAAGAAGAAGAUCGAAAGACAAGAAGAGAAGCUGAAGAACAACAACAGAGACCUGUCUAUGGUCCGCAUGAAGUCCAUGUUUGCCAUCGGCUUCUGCUUCACAGCUUUGAUGGGCAUGUUCAACUCCAUUUUUGAUGGAAGAGUUGUGGCCAAGUUGCCGUUCACGCCGCUGUCUUACAUCCAGGGACUGUCGCAUCGCAACCUGCUGGGCGAGGAUUUCACCGACUGCUCCUUUAUCUUCCUCUACAUCCUCUGCACCAUGUCUAUCAGACAGAACAUUCAGAAGAUGCUCGGUCUCGCACCUUCCAGAGCUGCAACAAAACAGGCUGGAGGCUUCCUGGGACCUCCUCCUCAGGCAGCUAAGUUCUCUUAAUCAUCAGACAGGUUCAACAGUGCUGUUCCAUCACUCCAUCAGACAACAGACACGACUGCUCACAUUGUGCUGGAGCAUGUUCUCUUUUGUAGCUACUGCAUCACUACCCUCAGUUUGAUUUCUGAUGUGUUGUUAUUUAACUUUGAGAUUGUUUUACAUAGAAAUUAGAAGAAGAAAAAAAAAAGCUGUUAUUAAUUGUAUUGACUACCAAAGGAUACAAAUGUCUACCUUGUAUUCUGCACACACCAUAUUGUUGUUUUUUGGAAAUUUUAAUGAUUUAAUUGGCACCAAUAAGCAGCUGAUCCGUUUGUCAGUAUUAUUGUAUGUCAUUGUCUGUCAUUUCUUACGUGUUAAUAAAGUUUUAUGAU